AUGGUGUUUAGGCUGAUUUCAAGUAAUUGGUACUCAAUGCUCAUAAAUGGACAAACACAUGGUUUCUUCACCUCUUCAAGAGGAGUUAAACAAGGAGAUCCACUAUCUCCUACUUUGUUCAUUAUAUCAGCAGAAGUUCUCUCUAGUAGUCUAAAUGCCUUCUUAGAAAAGGACAAAUUCAAACCAUUUGGCAUGCCUAAGUGGAGUCCUCCUAUUAAUCCUCUCUCAUAUGUUGAUGACACCUUAUUAUUCUUGUCUACAGAGAAAGAGUCAGUUAAACUUAUGAUGAAGAAAAUUCAGCAGUAUGAGGAAGUGUCUGGACAGUUAGUCAACUUGAAUAAGAGUGCUUUCUAUGUUCAUCAUAAAGUUUCUCAAACUAUGAGUAUGCCUUUGCAUAUUCUUUCUGCUAUGAGCCCACCAAUUGGAGUGAUUAGACACAUACACAGGCUUCUGGGUAGAUUUUUCUGGAAUUAUAAAAGUGAUACAAGGUGCAGACAUUGGAUUAUAUGGGUGGCUGCUUGUCUACCAAAGGAAGAGAGUGGCCUUGGUUUUAGAUCAGUUUUUGACAUGUCAAAUGCUUUGUUUACGCAAGUUAUGGUGGAACCUAAGAACAAAGCCUUCUCUAUGGGCUUCAUUCAUGAUCAACAAAUAAGACAAGGAGAUGCUAGUCUCUGGUUUGAUAACUGGACUUCACUAGGUGCUUUAUAUCAUAUUAUGGAAGAAAAUCAUACAGAAGAGGAGAUUGAAGUGAAACAGUUUAGUAGUGGAGGAGAACGGAAUUUAGGUGCUUUGAGAGAACAUCUUUCUGAGGAUAUUGUUCAACAUAUAGUGCAAACUAUCUCUCCUCCAGUAGAUAUAUUGCCUUUGGACAAAACCUGGUGGAUGUUGGAACAAAAUGGUAUCAAUAUUGAAGGCUUGCAGCUUAGUCAAGUGAUCAUAAAAUGCUGGAAAUAUGAUGGACCAACUAAGGUUCAUAAAACUAUUUGGCAACUGGUGAGGGUCAAGUUUCCAAGGCUAGCUCAUGUACCAACAGGAUGGCCAGAGUUGUUGGAUUACUUAGAAAUAUGGAGGCCAACUUUGCAUUACAAGAAAAUCAUAUGGCAAGCACCAGCAGAAGGACAUAUAAAGAUCAACACAGAUGGAGCUAGUAGGGGUAAUCCAAGACCAAGUUCUUAUGGUUUUUGUUGCAGAAAUCACAAUGGAGACAUUAUAUAUGCACAGGCAGCACAAAUAGCAGACACAACCAAUAUGCUCAAGAGAAUACUAGAAGGAAGCAGUUCAACACUAUGGCAUCUUAUUACAAUAAUAGAAGACAUACAGAUGUUUAUACAAUUAUGUUCAGUAUAUAUGCAGCAUAUCUACAGGGAAGGAAACAAGAUUGCAGACUACUUAGCUAACAUGGCUUUGGACACAGGCAGCAAGUUGGAGAUAAAUGGAUUUCAAGAUCUUCCAAGCACUGGCAGGACACUCAUCAACAUGGACAAGAAUCAAAACCCAAAUUUGAGGAUUAAGACCAAGAAGAUUUCAUGA